GAGCGAGUGAGGGAGGGAGGGAGCGGAGACACAGGCAGAGUGUGAGCAUCUCUUCCUGGCAUUCGAGCUGUCACGGAGAAAUUCAACAGCAAUAUCAGCACCGCACUCUUGAGAAGCGGCACAAGAGUCGGGAACGAGGCCAUCGUCAACCCAGAGAGUUUAACCUCCACUAGCCACAGCCAUGAACUUCCUGCGCCGUCGCCUCUCUGACAGCAGCUUCAUCGCCAACCUGCCCAAUGGCUACAUGUCGGAUCUCCAGAGGCCUGACCCGCCUCCUCCACCUCCUCCCACCGCCGGCACCAAGGCUCCCGCCGGACCGACUCCUGCCCCAUCAGCUCCUCCUGCGGCCAAAUCCCCCACCGCAUCUCCGGCGCCCGAGCGGCGGCCACAACCCGUCCAAUCCACCGGCUCGGGAUUCUUCAGCUCCAUCACCAACGUGGUCAAGCAAACCGCCGCUUCUGCGGGACUCGUGGAGCAAAGUCCGGCAGCGGUGUCGCGGAAGUUCAAGAUCCUCCUGGUCAUUGACGAACCCCAACACGAGUGGGCAAAGAUUUUCCGUGGGAAGAAGGUCCAAGGAGAUUAUGACGUCAAAGUUGAACAGGCCGAGUUCUCUGAGCUCAAUCUCGUGGCUCAUGCUAACGGCACAUGCAGUGUGGACAUGCAGGUGAUCAGAAAUGGAACCAAAGUGGUUCGGUCCUUCAAGCCUGACUUCGUCUUGGUCCGACAGCAUGCCUAUAGCAUGGCACAGAACGAAGACUUCCGGAAUAUAAUCAUCGGACUGCAGUAUGCCGGGAUCCCCAGCCUCAACUCACUGGAGUCCAUUUACAACCUCUGUGACAAGCCAUGGGCCUUUGCUCAACUGAUCAGCACCUACAAGAAACUGGGACCAGAUAAAUUCCCUCUGGUUGAUCAGACAUUCUACUCAAACUACAGGGACAUGAUCUCAAUGCCAACAUUCCCUGUGGUGGUGAAGAUUGGACAUGCCCAUUCCGGAAUGGGGAAGGUGAAAGUGGACAAUCACAGUGACUUCCAGGACAUUGCGAGCGUUGUGGCCAUCACUCAAACCUACACAACCACAGAGCCUUUCAUUGACGCGAAAUAUGACAUCAGGGUCCAGAAGAUCGGCUCUGAUUACAAAGCUUACAUGAGAACAUCCAUCUCUGGCAACUGGAAAUCAAACACCGGCUCUGCCAUGCUGGAGCAAGUAGCCAUGACUGACAAAUAUAAGCUGUGGGUGGACGCCUGCGCCGAUGUCUUCGGAGGUCUAGACAUCUGUGCUGUUAAAGCCAUACAUGGAAAGGACGGGAAGGAUUACAUCACUGAGGUGGUGGGCUCUUCGAUGCAGCUCAUUGGUGAACACCAGCCUGAGGACCGUCAGCUGAUCGCUGCCAUCGUCCUGGCCAAGAUGAACCAAGAAUCAAGCCGCACUGCCGCUCGUUCCCCACAACGACCUCCGACCACUGUUCAACCUGCACAAAGCGCUGCCUUAAAAGAAAGCCUGGCUGACCCCAACAAGACCCUCGGCCAGCGGCCUCCUCCACAAGGGGGGGCAGUGAAACCCCAAGAACCACAGCCUAAGAGUCAAGAGCCUACACCCGAGCCAGUCCCUGCCCAGGAACCUGUACCCAAAGCAGGCCCUGCCCCGACUCUACCACCCACCACGCAGCAGCCCAAACCCCAGGCUCAAGCAGCACCUGAACCCACUCCAGGGAAGCCAACAGAACUGCCCCCAAAACCCCUACCCCCCAAACCCCUUCCCCCAAAGCCUGUGCCCCCCGUUCGGAGGAACUCCAAGCCUCAGAUCCAGCCGAAGCCCCAAACCCCACCUCCCAUCAAGGCCCACCCAAAAGCCCAACCGAGUGACGCAGAUCAGAGUCCUGGUCAAUCCCAGCCAGAUCCGGUCCCUGCUCAAGAGCUAUCCCCAGCCAAGGUUCCAAUUAAACCCCCGUCACCAGCUAAACCCCAGCUCCAGCCUAAACCGGUGCUCAGAGAGCAAUCCAAACCCGAAGGCCGACCCCAGACUGCUGCUCCAUCUGAAACACCCUCAGCCCCGGUUAGAGCAACUCCUUCCCCUGCUCCUGCUCCUGCUCCUGCUGCCGCUCCUGCUCCUCCCACCCAAUCCCAGCCUCCUGUGGAGGAACAGCCUGCACCCCAGCAGAAGUCAACCCAUCCUCUCUUGAACAAAUCCCAGUCCUUGACCAAUGCCUUCAACGCCUUUGGCGAGACCUUCCGUUCCAGCAACGAGGACGAAGCCAAGGCGGAGACCAUCCGAAACUUGCGAAAGUCUUUUGCCAGCCUGUUCUCUGACUAACAACACAAAGGGUGACAAAGGGUGGCCAGGGACUCAACUGACAGAUAUGCAUCCUGGUCUGAGGUUAACUCCAUGUAGCUGUGUACAUUUAACCCCUCCUCCCAACUCUGCCGUAAUUAUCCGAGUGUUACUUAAGAAGGUUAGAGUGAUGUACAGUGAUUGUUGGUGUUUACAUUUUUGAGACGCUCUGCCCCGAAACACUGGGAUUUAUACGAGGAGGGGAUGGCUCUAAAGCGAUCAGUUACAGGAGGCCAGAGAAUGCUGAAGUCGUCUAUAACCCCUCGAUGUUGUAGCUGUAUCGGUGUAGUGUGUUUUCUUUACCCGGAGACAAAUAUUUGUGACUAGUUCCCCUCGUUUAUCCCCUGUAGUGUGUGUGUGCGUGUAACUAGUUGGUGUGUUGUAAGCAUUAGCCAGUAAGACAUUAGUUCAACAAUACCUCGGGAUCUUUAUAAAAGCACUUUCCUAUUCAAGUUUCCUACAGUAAUCAAUGCUUGGACUGGUCGUUUUCAACGCAGUGGUGGGAUUUCAGUGGAACGCCUGGUGUUUUAGCGACAUAGCUUGCACUUAUCAACCUGUCAAGAUAUUCAUGAGUGCCAUGUUUAUAGUAUCUCUGCAUAUUGUAUUGUACUGUAUGUUUAACAUCUCAGGAGUUUAAUUUGAGUACAUGUUUAUUCCGGCGUCACACUGUUCAUGUUGUGUUUUCUUUGUGCACAGUGAUGAUGCUUUGCAUGACCCGGUGAUAAUUGUUUUCUCUGUACAAGUGUCAAUAAACAUGUGGCGCAUCAUUCCACUGACAUAC